AUGGAAUUUAAAUCUCAAGCUGAAUCUGGAUUGCAACUUUUAGAAAGGCUUGUAGCACGGCCCAUUAUUAAAGAUCUAACACCUUUAUUACCAGACGAAUUGACUAGUGAGACCAUAGAAAUAAUUGGAGAUGCAUCAACAGGAAAAACAUUAUUUUUGACCGAAUGUAUUGCCAAAUGCAUCAUUCCCCAAAAUGCUUGUGGUUUAGAUGCAGGUGUUGUUUACAUUGAUCUAGACGGACAAUUCAAUAUCACCAAACUAGUUAAAAUCAUUAAGCGUAUAAUUAAGAACGCUGAUGAUAAUUUAGUUAAGGCCUGUCUAAAUAAAUUAACAAUGAUCAAUUGUUAUGACAGUCCAACUUUGUAUGUUACAUUUCAAAGAUUAAAACUAUUUCUUACUGAACAGUCUCAAGUGGGGUUGGUUAUUUUGGAUAGUGUUUCUGCAAACUAUUGGCAAGAUUCAGUAUCUGGUGGUGAAAAGUAUAUGGAUACCUAUGUAGAGAAAAUGAUAUCAUCAUUGAAAAUUUGUUUGGAAGAUUUUAAAGUACCAAUUAUAUUUACUAGACAAAGUUAUUUUCAGUCUAAACAAGGUGAUUCUUUAUUAGAUUGUGUAAAUCGUAGAAUUCUCUUCAAAAGGUUAGGUUUUGAUUUUUUUGCAACUAUAACAAGAAGAAAUGUAAACCUUUGUUAUAAAUUUAAUAUUAAUGAACUGGGAAUUAGCGAGUUUAAUUUACAAGUAUAG